CACCCAUCUUUAGGACAAUAUCAUCAGUAAUGGGGAAGGGGGUGGUUCUGGGUUGUGUUCUUGUGGUUCUUGGUUUUGCACUAACGUGCAGUGCUGCUACCUUCUAUACUGUGGGGGAUAGCUCUGGCUGGGACAUCAGCACUGACCUUGAUACAUGGGCUAAGGACAAGCAAUUCAUAGUUGGUGAUGUUCUAUUGUUCCAAUAUUCAUCAUCCAACAGUGUGAAUGAGGUCACAAAGGAUAGUUUCAAGGGCUGCAACAUGAGUGACACCCUACAAACAAGUAGCAAUGGGAACACAUCAAUUCCUCUGAACAGGCCAGGUGAGAGGUAUUUUGUCUGUGGGAACAAGUUACACUGCCUUGGAGGGAUGAAGCUUCAAGUAAAUGUACAAAAGGACCCUGCAGCUUCACCUGCAGGUGCUCCCGAAGCAUCUGAGGGUUCUCUUCCAAGACCUUCCUCUAAGAACAACAACCCUGCUGCAGCUAUUCCAAAUUCCACAGGGUUUAUCAAUGGUGGAAUGGUUUCUAUUCUAUCAGCUUUUCUGGGUUCCAUGGCUACUUUGUUAUGGAUCUUAUAAACCUACAUGGCUGUUUGAAAUUGUCCAGGUUGUUUCUGAUAUUUGAAGGGGAUCACUUCAGAUACUCUUAUUUUGCUUUGA